AUGCCUACUACACCUUCAGCUGAGAUAGUUGCACAAUCAAACUCGUUCUCUAAUUUACCUAAUGAUCAGCUUGUGUUGGCUGUCGAAUGUCUAUCUGCUAAUCCAAAAACACCGCCAGCAUACCGCGAUGUGUUGCAGAAAAUAACAAGUGUGGUUCGAAAGCUAAUAAAAGAAAGAGAAGCAGAAGCCAUCAAGUCAUCAGAAUAUGUUCGUAAGAUCAACUCAAUUUAUGAACAAUAUCGAGUUUUAGAGGAUCUUUACAAAGAAGAACACAAACAAGUACUUGAUCAACAAGAUCAACUAGCAAUUAACCAACUCAAAUUACAAGAAAAAGACAAAGCAAGAGAAGAAGCAGAGAAGAAUGUGAGCCAGUUGAAUGCCAAAAUUGAGGCCAUAACAGAAGAACAUAAAAAGAGUGCACAAAGACAAGGACUAGGCAGAAAGAAUAUUGAAGACAAGUUGAUGGCAAGAGAUAUUGAACUCACUGAACUAAAGCGCAAAUACCAAGAACUUGAAACUCAUCUUUCAAAGGCUACAUUGGAAGCUGAUCGUUAUAAAAAAGAGAAUUCACAACUUAAACUUGUGCUUACUUACAUUCACAAUCCUCAAGAAUACCAACAACAAAUACAGCAGCAAAUGCAACAGCAAUUACAUCAACCACAACAACCACAAUAA